CGUUUUACAAACACAAAUUAAAGGACUGGCAUUGCUUUCCGGUUAUGCUUUUGUAGCCGCAGGUGUCAACAGUGUCGUCGCUCGUGUACAUCUACUUAUCCUCCCCUUUUAAAAGCUAGCACUGGGGCUAAUUGAUGCUAUUUGAUAGAUUUCUUUGCUUCUUAAUAAUUUAACCCAGCUAGCUUUCCAACAGCUAACUCACGGCUUGCAUCGGUAAUUAAUUCCUACAGGUUUCUUCCGUCCGUAUUUCCGUUCCUCAUCUAGCUUAUCAGCAUGAGUGAUCCGUGGCAGGAGUGCAUGGAUUACUGCAUUGAGGUCACCAAACGGGCUGGAAAGAUGAUCUGCGAGGCGCUCCAGAAGGACAUCGCCGUCAUGCAAAAGAGCUCGCCAGUUGACCUGGUGACCGAGACGGACCAGAAAGUGGAACAGCUCAUUAUAUCUUCCAUCAAGGAAAAGUACCCAACACACAGCUUUAUAGGUGAGGAGUCCGUAGCAGCCGGUGCGCCCAGCGUCCUCACUGAUAAUCCCACUUGGAUUAUCGACCCUAUCGAUGGCACCACCAACUUUGUUCACAGGUUCCCGUUUGUGUCUGUAUCAAUCGGCUUCACAGUGAAGAAGGAGAUCGAGUUUGGGAUUGUCUACAGCUGCGUCGAGGACAAAAUGUACACUGCACGGAAAGGAAAGGGAGCAUUCUGCAAUGGAGUCCCUAUCAAGGUGUCUGGACAAGAAGACAUUAGUAAAUCUUUGGUGCUGACAGAAAUGGGCUUCAAGGAGGAACCUGAGCAAUUCAAAACAAUGCUGGCCAACAUCAGGAACAUCCUUAGCAUCCCUGUACAUGGAAUCCGCUCCCCGGGCAGCGCAGCUGUCAACAUGUGUCUGGUAGCGUGCGGAUCGGCUGAUGCUUACUACCACAUGGGCAUCCACUGCUGGGACAUGGCUGGAGGGGCAGCAGUUGUUACCGAAGCUGGAGGAGUCAUCAUGGACAUUUCAGGUGGAGCGUUUGAUUUGAUGUCUCGCAGGCUGAUUGUGGCCAGCAGCAGAGUGAUAGCAGAGCGCAUUGCGAAGGAGAUAAGAGAGUUUCACGUUGGCAGGGACGACACAGACGACUAGUUAACUGCUGCGCUCCCCUCGGCUCGCUCUAGUCAUACAAACGCCCUCAGCUGUUCUGUACGUUAACAGGUCUCAAACCCGUCUUUGCCUUAAGAACCAAAACUGCAAACUUACCUCUGAAGGACAUCCGAGUGAGUUUAAGUAUUCAGAGCUUACACUUUCUGCCUUUGUUGUAAAGUCAUUGUUGCAUUUCAGCACUUGGUUGUUCAUAGAUGUAGACUUUGGAUUCGGUUGUAAUUUAAACAGAUAUGAUCUUCUGAAUGCCCUUCUUCACAUUUGUUUUUAUUCUGAAGUUUUUAAUUUCUUAGUAUUUAUUUAUUUAUUUAUGUAAAUGCCAAAAUGAACGUAAAAGAAUUUGAUGGUUACACUUCCUCAACACAGCACUAUGGAACCAACGUUAGUGUUUGAGUGCAUACAUUUGCUUAAACUAUUGAGUUUUAGAGUCAUCACGAGUUUGCACUUUGUAAUGCCAGUAUGUGUGCCUACAGCUACUGUACUGUAUAACUGUAUUCUUUAUCAAUCAAAAAGGAUACACUAAGGAUGUUUUUCAAAAUGUGCGCUUGUUUUGUGUUUUUGUAAGAAUGCAAUAAAGACAGCAAAUAAAAGCACUAUAAAUAAUAAUA